UUUUCUUUCUCAAAUAAUAAUAAGAAAUAAUAAAAAAAUAAUAUGUUUUUUCUUUCGUAUGAUUGUAAAAUAUGGAACUUAAUUUCUCUCCGUCUUUCCUCUGAAAAUUAUAUCUCUCCCUUUCCGAUGAACGAACCUGAGCAAUAUAGCAGAUUUCGUUCCCUUUUUCUUUCCAAAAAAUAUACCUCUUUCUUUCCAAAAAAAUUCAACAGAUUUCGCACACACUCGCACACACGUAUUUCAUCUAGAAUGUUCUUUCCGAAAAAUUCAAAAAUUGUCUUUCCUACUUUCCACUAACUCCGUUCUCGUCUCUCCCCCCGUCAUGGCACAUAACAACCACAACGAGUAUUUUCUUUGAGAAGAAGGAGAACAUGAUUCCAAACGGAAAAACUUUAAACCGCUCAAAAAAUCUCAAAUUCCCUAACACACCACCAUUCAUAUCUCAAUCGUAUUUUUCUAUCGGAUAAAUUUUAUUCUUUUCCUCUUUUCGUUCUAUCAAAUUCUUUCCAAUAUAUUAAAUUAUCUAUUUCUUAAACUUUCAACUUUGUAAAAAACUUUACUACUUUCCCUACAGCAACACAACACUCACCAAAUAAUCAUGCCUAUUACCGAAGACGCAGAAGCACUGCGGCGGGAGUGAGAGUCACUUUCGCAAGAUUUUCUAUUACCGAACCCGCCCGGUGCGGAAGUGAUAACUGUCGGUAACAUAGUUCAUUGUUUUGACAUUUUACAUCUCAUGUCAAAAUUCACAUAUUAACAGUUAGCACAAAUGGAAAGUAACAAAAAAAAAAGAAUAACAAAUCGUGACCAGUUCCACGAGAUGGUCGAAAGAAUGAAAAUCGAACCUGAUAUAGCCAAAAACUUCACCAAAAAGUCUCCGGAGGAGGUUCAAGUAUUUUGGCAAAACUUGGCGGAAACUUUAAAUGCUCAGGGUCCACCAAUAAAAGAAGUUGCGGAGUGGAAAAAGGUUUGGUCUGACUUAAAAUCCUCAUUGAGGAAAAAGUUAUCUCAAAAUAAAAGAUUGCUAAAUGCAACGGGUGGUGGCCCAUAUGAACAAGUUAACUUUAGUCCGUUAGAAGAAGACGUUAUUCAGCUCUUGUGCCUAAGAGACUGUGUCGAUGGUAUUCCCCAGACCCAAGCUUUUGGAAUGCCAAAAAAACGAAGGCUUGGGGCAACAUUCGUGGCCAGUUCAGUUACACCACCUGUUUGUUCCCUUCAAAACAGUUUUUCCGAAGAAGCAGGUUUAACGAUCGAAGUCUUAGAUGAAAGCUUCGGAAUCGUAGAAAAAGAGAACGACACCAAUAUACCCAACAUUUCAAACCCAACGCCAAAACCAAAACCAACUACAAAUACAAAACCACCAACCCAAACUAAAUUGUUGGAAGACCAAAUUGGUCUUCAAAAAAACCUUUAUGAAAAGGUUACAGACAUAAUGACAGAAAACCUUAAACUGCACCAGGAACUUGAUUCCAAGAUGGAAAAAAUUUCCCUCUCUCUACAGAGAUUAGAGAGGCAUGAGGAGAAGAAAAAUAACAUUCUACAAUCAUUUCUUCAAGAGAAUGUCCGACACAACUUUAAAAUAGAAAGUUUAAUGAAAAGACAAGAAGGAUCGGAAACUGUGUCAGACAUGUCUGAUUAAAACAUGACUUCUCAGGGUAGAGUUGCCUAAUUUCAGCCGUCUCUAGUUUGCGGCCACCUUUCUGUAAUCGUUAUAACUAGUGAUUUCGAAAAUCGUUGUAACUAGUGAUUUCGAGGGUUUAUUCCAAAUGUUCGCUCUUAUGCUAUUCUAAUAUAUAAAAGAAUAAACCGAAAGAAAUCACUAGUUAUAAAGAUUUUCAGAAAGGUUACCGGAAACUGGAGACGGCCGAAAUUAGGCAAGUCUACCCUAUGAAAUGUGAUUUUUGUUUUUACUUUUAAUUAAUUUUUUUUUAAACAAAACGUAUGAAAUUUCGUAUUAUUUAUUAUGUUGCUAUUACUUAUGUUCCUAUUACUUACUUUUUAUUUUGUGCAAUCCA